UGUUGCUUGUCACUUGCGGAAUCAAUUGCUUUAACCGAUCGAAAAAUUCAUAAAGAUAUGAAUCUGGAGUUAGUUGUCAUUUUAUCGCUAAUCUCGUUGGCGAUGGGACAGAUUCGGCCGGAGAGCUCGUGUUCUAAAUAUUUCCGAUAUGUAAACGUUACUGCCGAGGAAAUUCAGGGAGAGAUCACGCUGCCCACUUUGAAACAGGGUCACAAUCGCAUCGAUUUGCUUUUCUCUCAGACGGGUGAUCAAGAUGACUUUUUCGUGGGUCAGCUGAAACCGUAUCCAGAUGAAAAAGAAAUUCAAUGGAGAACCGGACCCUAUAAGUUCCGGAUUACUAUUAGUCCGAGCGUGGCCAAUGAAAAACCCAAGUUGUCGCAACUCGUCUACAAUGAUCAGUUGCUCUGCGGCGAAUACGUUCUUUAUGCCAGCUACCAGACUCGCUUCUAUGAGUUUUUCAAAAAUGGAUCGCUGGACCGUUCCCCUUUGUCACCAAAUGUUUGCGGAAGGCAGGGCAGCAUAGCUCCGUUUGUUAUAGGGGGCAAGAAUUUCCCACUGGGUCGAUAUCCCUGGCUAUCGGCCAUCUUUCUAAAGGAAGAAAAUACUCUAAGCUUCGAGUGCGUGGCAACCCUGAUCUCCGCCAGUAUUGUCAUCAGUGCCGCACACUGUGUGCAUCUGAAGACGGAGUUCGACGUGUUCAUCGGACUCGGUCUUCAUAAUCUGGAUAGCUUCGGAAAUGAUGGAUCCGAGACUCGAAGCGUGAAGCGAUUGCUCUUGCAUCCGGAUGUUAAGAACGAUUCUUUUAACGAAGCGGAUAUCGUGCUGAUCACCAUGGAGCGGCCAGUGACGUUUAACCAAAAAAUAUCGCCAAUUUGCCUGUGGACGGAGGAGGCGAGCAGAAUGGAAAGCACCCAUGGCAUCGUUGCGGGUUGGGAAUUAACUAGCUCCAAAUAUGAUAAUCCCUGGGUUGUGCAGGUGGAUAUAGCCAGUCCCGAAGUCUGUGCCUUGGCUUUUACGGCGCUUUCGCUUUCGAAUAGAACUUUGUGCGCGGGACACCGCAGUGGGGCAUGUGUCGGCGACCACGGUGUAGGACUGAUGGUCUUGCAGGGAGAUCGAUGGCUACUCCGGGGCAUAGUGCUAGUGAAACGCCUAGAGUGUGACUUUAACGAGUAUGUACCGUACUGCGAUUUGUCCAAGUAUAUUAACUGGAUAAACGAUAAUAUUAGUGGAUAGCACCUAAUUAGCUAUGAGUGUAUUUACCGAGAAAAAAAUUCCAUACCAUAACAUACUUUGAACUUGAAUAAAAAAUACAAGCAAAUUUAGGAACUUA